UUGUGACAGCGCCCUAACCCGGAUGUGACCGGCAGUGUUUCCGGUCCUGUGAGGCUGACGGUAGCACUCAGAGCAGAGUUCUUAUCGCCGUGGUUAGUGUGUUAUUGUGACUGUGUGUCGGUGAUAUGCGGGUGUGUUUGGGCCCCUGCGGGCCCCCGCGGCUCGGCCUGGCUCCCUGUGGACCCACACUGCUCGGCCUGGCCCUGCUGCUAGCCGCGGUCCCCCCUCUGUGGGCCUGGGACGCGGACCUGGAGCUGCUGGACCUGGUGGAGGAGAUCCCGCAGAGCUUCUACCAGUUCAUGUCUCUGGACCAGGAUGCCUCAGCAUUAGAGGUGAAGAAGGCGUAUCGCCGGCUGUCUCUCUCUCUUCAUCCUGAUAAGAACAGAGAUGAAAACGCUGAAACUCAGUUCAGACAGCUGGUGGCGAUUUAUGAAGUCCUGAAGGACGAGGAGCGCCGACGCAAGUAUGAUGACAUCCUGGAGAAUGGAUCCAGCGCUUCCUAUCCUCACUGCGCUGUAAUUUGCCCCAUCUCGUAUUACCUGGAGAAACAGCUGGACGAGCUGCUGAGUAAGAAGAAGAAAGAGAAGAAGAAGAAGCUGAGCUCCAGACCGCCAGACGAGCUGCGCAGCGCCACGCACGACAGAGCUUACGAGCGGCCACACUGGCAGGACAUCCUCCCUCUGAAGCUCAGCAUCUGGCUCUACCUGUCCAUCAAGAACCUGCCGCACACCGUCCAGGAGCUGAAGCAGUACUACGAAGACUACCAGCUGAUGAAACAGCAGCAGAGAGAAGAAGCUGAAGCUGAGCAGGAAGUUGUCCCCAGAGAGAAGCGUCCCAAGGUGAAGAAGAUGAAGCUGGAGUUCCCGGUGUACGAGCUGCAGACGGAGAGCGUGCCGAGUUACUGCCAGCAGGACACGUCCAUCGAGGACAUCGAGGACCAGAUGGACGACUGGCUGCAGGACCGCAGAGCUGCCCGCAAGAAGGCAGCAGACUGGACAGACGAGGAGAUCAGCCUCCUCAGCAGGUUGAUGGUUAAAUUCCCCGGAGGAAGUCCUGGUCGCUGGGAGAAGAUUGCUCAUGAGCUGGGGCGGUCAGUGAGCGACGUGACCACUAAAGUCAAACAGGUGAAGGACAACGUGAGCCACACCUCAGGUCUGGUGAAGCUGUCAGAUCUGAAGGGCCCUCUUCCUCCUGUGAGGUCAUUUCCUGUUGCCGACGGCGUGAUGACUCAGCGAGAGGGUGGAGCCUGUGAGGAGGAGGCGGAGCAGGAAGCUGCUCAGGCCGUCAGGAAGAGGAACAGGAAGUCGGCGGCGGACGGGGCGGAGGGGAAGGUCCGCGGGCGGCGCCAGAGAGACUUCGACCCGGUAGCGGUGGCGGAGGAGGAGGAGGAGGGGGGGCAGGGGGAGGGGCCUCCGGAGAACGGCGCCGUUUGGACCCAGAACCAACAGAAGCUGCUGGAGCUCGCUCUGCAGCAGUUCCCCCGAGGAACCACAGAGCGCUGGGACCGCAUCGCCAAGACGGUCCCAGGGAAGACCAAGGAGGAGUGUAUGAUCCGAUAUAAGAUGCUGGCCGAGCUGGUUCAGAAGAAGAAACUGGCUAAAAGCUGAUUGGUUCAGAAGAAGAAACUGGCUAAAAGCUGAUUGGUUCAGAAGAAGAAACUGGCUAAAAGCUGAUUGAAAGACUCCGCCUCCUGCUGCUGUGAUCUCUGACCUCCUUUUAUUUUCCUGCCUCCUGAUUGGACGGAAUCAGAGUCUGUUUAGUUUUUUUAAUGUGUGUUUUGGCAGCGUCCCGGCUGCUCAGGUGUUCUCUAAAACCUCUGACCUCACAGCUUCCUGUGCCUUAGAUCCAUCGGUCUGUCUGUCUGUCUGUCUCUCUCUGUCUGUCUGUCUGUCUGUCUGUCUGGCUCUCUGUCUGUCUGUCUGUCUGUCUGCAUUUCUGUCUGUCUGUCAAUCAUCUGUAAACCUGGUCAAUAAACAGUAUUUAUUAUCUCA